AGAGACCCAGCACUGCCUCCCGUUCCUGUACCAGAGAAGCCUGGUGCAGUGUGUUUGUUUCUUUACAUGCCUUGUGGGAAGGACAGGUGAAGAUCCAGGAUGGAGGUUUAUAUCUUGGGGAUCUGCAUCGCAGUAUGUGGAAACUUUCUCAUCAGCAUCUCCUUGAAUAUCCAGAAAUACACGCAUGUGCGGCAGUUGCAGCGAGGGACGAAGCCGUACUACACCAGCCAUCUGUGGUGGUGCGGGAUCCUGCUGAUGGGUUUGGGGGAGCUGGGGAAUUUUGCUGCGUAUGGAUUCGCUCCGGCGUCGCUCAUCGCUCCUCUCGGCUGUGUGUCUGUCAUCGUGAGUGCCGUCAUUUCUGUGGUGUUCCUCAAGGAAACGUUACGGGCUUCAGAUAUCCUCGGAGGCGCUUUAGCGAUGACCGGAACCUACUUUCUGGUGACAUUCGCCCCUCAUUCAUCGCCUCAUGUCACGGCCAACAUGGUGGAGCGCUCGCUGGUCAGCUGGACCUUCCUGAUUUACUUUAUGUUUGAACUGAUUCUCUUCGCUAUCCUGAUGUAUUUGUAUAAGUGCAGGAACAUGAAACACAUCGUGAUCAUGAUGAUCUUGGUGGCGUUACUCGCUUCGGUGACGGUGAUCUCGGUGAAAGCAGUUUCAGGAAUGAUCACAGAGACGAUCCGUGGAAGUCACCUGCAGCUCACCUAUCCCAUCUUCUACAUCAUGUUCAUCAUCAUGGUGACGUCCUGCGCCUUUCAGAUCAAGUUUCUGAAUCAGGCCAUGAAGAUGUUCGACGCCACUGAGAUCGUGCCCAUCAAUUAUGUUUUCUUCACCGCGAGUGCCGUCGUAGCUGGCAUUUUAUUUUAUGAAGAAUUUUAUGGUUUAUCUUUGAUAUACAUCAUCAUGUUUCUGAUUGGGUGUCUGCUGGCGUUUACUGGAGUGUUUUUAAUCGCGAGAGCUCGUCCCAGAAUCAAGAUGGACCGCGUGUUCAUUUCAAUGGGCCAGAUUCCAGGCAAAAGAUGUACGGAUAAAGUGCAGCCGCAAUCAGACGACAGUAAAUAUGGAAAACUGGCGUCUAAAUUCCUGGCAGUGUGA